AUGUCCUCAUUGAAUUCCCCCUCAGAUUUGUCUUCAGCUGAGUCGAUUUCUCCGGCAGAACAGCGAAAUGGGCGAUUGAGCUUGCUCUACAUUGACGAAUCAUCCAAUAACCGAGGCUUGGGGGAAGGAGUAGUACUUAUAUCCCUAGAAGGAUUUGUCUGGGAGCAAGCUCUCAGGCUUGGUUGGAAGGCUUCUAACAAUGAUGCAGAAUACGAAUCACUGUUAGCUGGUUUACGCAGUGCCGAACACUUCAGUGCAAAACAACUUCUGCUUUUCAGCGAUUCUCAGUUGGUCGUCAACGAACUCACUGGGGUUUAUGAAACACGAGACGAAAGAAUGGCCAUGUAUGCAGACAGGGCAAGAGAUCUACUUAAAAAAUUCCAAUCCAUACGGGUGGAACAAAUCAAACGGGACAGAAACAGUCAUGCUGAUGCUCUGGCCUGCCUCGGCUCAUCAGUAGAUGCCAAAGAUACUAGAAAAGUUUGGGUUGAGUUUGUGCCAGAACCAAACAUUACAUCUCCAGUCCUCUGCAAUAACCUAGAUCAAGCUGGAUGGAUCCGAUACUUGUUUUUCUAA